UUUAUUUGGGCUCAAACAGGCCCACAAUCCAAGCAAAUAACCUUUACGUAUAUAAACCCUAAUCCUUCGUUGAUCAAUCGCAGCUAGGGUUUCAAACUUUCACGCCGAAUUUCAUCCAGUUUGAUUCAAUGGCUCGAAUCAAGGUUCAUGAGCUCAGAAACAAAUCGAAGGCUGAUUUGUUCGCUCAAUUGAAAGAUCUGAAGGCUGAACUUGCUCUUCUUCGUGUUGCCAAAGUUACCGGUGGUGCUCCGAACAAGCUUUCCAAGAUCAAGGUGGUGAGAACCGGAAUCGCUCAAGUGUUGACCGUGAUUUCACAGACCCAGAAGGCUGCUCUUAGGGAAGCUUACAAGAACAAGAAGUACUUGCCUCUUGAUUUACGUCCAAAGAAAACCCGAGCCAUUCGUAGACGUCUAACCAAGCAUCAGGCUUCGUUGAAGACAGAAAGAGAGAAGAAGAAAGAGAAGUACUUUCCAUUGAGAAAGUAUGCUAUCAAGGCAUAAGAUGAAAGCUUUUUAAGGAGAGUUUUCAGUUUUGGACUUUAAUUUUUAUCAGAAAUAUGUAUUUGUUAGUUUGGUUGCACUGAUUUACAAGACUUUUGCCCAUUCAACUUUUGCUUUUUUAUGUUUGACUGGUUUUUCUGGAAGACAAUUACAUUUUUCAA